GUUUCUGUCUCCGUCUAGUAUCUGGAGUAAAAAAGCCGUAUUUUUUUGUUUCUCUCUCCUCCUUUUUCCCUUCUCACUUCGUAUGGUGUUUUUUUGUUUCUCUCUCAUCUUUUCCCAUCUCGCGUUUCUCAUCCUCUCCCUAUCUUCUGUUUCCCUUUUCUCUUGCAGAUUCAUCGUUUUUCCGAUCUCUGCACAAUUUCUCGCAAAUCAACCAUGACGGAUGAGGGUGAGAAGACCUGUCCUCUUUGUGCCGAGGAGAUGGAUUUUACUGAUCAGCAAUUGAAGCCGUGCAAGUGUGGCUAUGAGAUUUGUGUCUGGUGUUGGCAUCAGCUCUUGGACAUGGCUGAGAAAGAUGAGUCAGAGGGACGCUGCCCUGCUUGCCGUACUCCAUAUGACAAGGAUAAAAUUGUAGGGAUGGCCGAAAACAAUGAAAGAUUGUUUGCAGAGAUCAACAUGGAGAAAAAGCACAAAUCACAAAAAGCAAAGACAAAGACUUCUGAAAGCAGGAAGCAAUUGAGUAGUGUUCGUGUUAUUCAAAGAAAUCUUGUCUACAUAAGUGGCUUACCACUUAGUCUUGCAGAUGAAGAUCUUCUUCAACAUCGAGAGUAUUUUAGCCAGUAUGGGAAGGUGUUGAAGGUUUCCAUAUCCCGAACUUCUGCUGGCACCAUUCAGCAGUUUGCCAACAAUACCUGUAGUGUAUAUAUUACGUACUCAAAAGAAGAAGAAGCAGUUCGAUGCAUUCAGUCGGUACAUGCAUUUAUUUUGGAUGGGCGACCUUUGAAGGCGUGCUUUGGAACCACUAAAUAUUGCCAUGCAUGGCUGAGAAAUUCACCCUGCACCAAUCCUGAUUGUCUCUACUUGCAUGAGAUUGGUUCACAAGAGGAUAGUUUUACAAAAGAUGAAAUAAUAUCUGCUUACUCAAGAGUUCAGCAGAUUACUGGAGUUACAAAUAAUAUGCAACGGCGUUGUGGGAGUGUUUUGCCUCCUCCGGCGGAUGAUUAUUGCAACAAUAGUUCUGCUAUAAUAGGGAAGCCAACUGUAAACACUUCUUCAAACAAUACAACAAACUGUACCAGAAGUUUAUCGCCCAAUAGUAGUUCUGGGAGAUCUGGUGUGCUGCCGGCAGCAGCCUCAUGGGGAGCACGUGUUUCCAAUUGCAAUCCUCCAACCGUGAGCUCUGCUUCUUCAAACGGAUCAACCAAGCAGAAGGCUGAAACACUUAAUGGUCUGCCAGUUCUUGGUACAUUGGUUUCUGGCUCUGUACAAUCUUCCAAUUUUGCCAGUGAUACUGGAAAGAAGCAGGUGUCUAAUGAUGAAUCUCAUGCAGAACAAACUAAACUUAAAAUAGAAAUUUCAGAUACAGUGAAGCAGCAUGCUAUGAAGUCUCGGAAAAAUGUUAAAGAAGGAUCCUUUGCAGUUUCGGGUCCUCCAUCUGAGAAGUCUUCUUUACCAGCUAUGAGUAGUGUUGUAGACGGUAGUGGACUGCUUUCCUAUACAAAUUCUGUAGAUGGACAACCAGGUUCCCCCUUAGAAGACAAGGGGAAUAGUUCUGUAAUGGAUGUAAAUAUGCAUGAAGUAUGCUCUGAGAUAUCGUCUAUUAGUAUGGACAAACAAUUAAAUAGUGAAGAGGUUAUUCGUCUUGAAAGUUUGAGCUUGAAUGGUUUCUUGUCGCCUAGGAGUCAAGGUUUACUGCGGCAUGAUUCUGAGAAGCUUGAGGAACACUCAUCUUUGAUUGCUUCUAAAGAAGCUACAACAUCCGUUGAUUCUUUGGCUGCUCUUAAUGAAGUGUCUGAUUUGAGGUCAGAUACUCGAGAAUUGACUAUACAAAAUUUGACUUCUGAAACAGAAGAUGAUUUUAACAACCAAAGACUUCGAGAUGCCAUAGUUGUCAAUCAAUCAACAACACCCAUGUCAUCUCCGCUUCAUCUUUUAAGCCAUUUAAGGCUUCCUUUACAGCCGCAAACUGAUGCUGAUUCUGCAGUAACUUAUUCAAUUAAUCCUCCUGUAAAUAGAGUAUCUAAUGAAAGUUUGGAAAGUAAUGUAUCUGGUGCAUCUGUUACUUCAAAUGGGUUCCUAGACCAUUUUUUCAGCCAUACUAUGGACCAGGAUAGUUCUAUGCUAUUAAAAGCUGGUCAAGGGAAACAUUUAGAAAGUUUUGAUGGCAAGCUUAUAAAUUUUGAGCCUCAGCCUGCUCUAGAUAUGGGAGAGAACAACAUAAUAUCAAAUAUUUUGUCACUGGAUCUUGAUUCUUGGGAUGACUCUUUGACAUCUCCACAAAUUUUGGCCAAGUUGUUGCGUGAAACAGAUAAACAAGAGGGUCCUGUCAAAUUGGCUGGUUCUUCCAAAGGUCAAAAUAGCGAUCAAUCUAGAUUUUCUUUCGCCAGGCAGGACUCUAGAAAUCAUUUCUUUGACAUUGAGUCUUCACUUGGCAAUAGUGGCCAAAUGGCAAGGAAUCCCUCUUUUGGAGAGGAAUUUCUUGGGAGUAGAGGCCAGCAUUUUGAAAGAAUUGGGAAUGGUUUUGGAUUUCCUCAUUGCAAUUUUGAGUCUUCAGAUAAUAUGACAAGUGGGCAUUCCAUUUUUCCAUCUAGUAAGGUUUCUUUUCCUAGGUCUCAGAUAUCAGCUCCGCCUGGGUUCUCUGCACCAAGUAGGCCACCACCUCCUGGAUUUUCUACACAUGAAAGAGGUGAUCAGUCUUUUGACAUAUUUAAGUCUGGUAAUCACUUGGUUGACGCAUCUUCAUUCUUGAGAAACCCAUACCAGGCAUCACCAAUUGGAAACAUAAAUAUUACUGAUGAUAUUGAAUUCAGUGAUCCAGCAAUUUUGGCUGUCGGUAAAGGGAGGCUUCCUGGCGGGCUUAACAAUUCAUCUCUAGACAUGAGGCAGACUUUCCCUGUACAGCAGCCUGUAUUUGAAAAUGAUUCAAGAGUACAGUUAUUGAUGCACCGAUCUCUUUCACCUCAUCAGAACCUUAGAUAUAAUGAUGUUAGGGAUAAUCUUUCUCCACUAAAUGACACCUAUGGCUUUGCCGCACAACAAAUGGAUCAGUCUCAAGCUAGUAAUCAUGUCUCAUUUUCACAGUUUUCACUCCAACAGCCUAGAAAUCCUGUAGUCUCUAAUCGCUCUUGGGAUGGUUGGAGUGAACUUCAGGGUUCAAAUGAUGUUGGCAUAGCGGAGCUUCUUAGAAAUGAUAGAUUGGGAAUAAACAAACUCUAUGGGGGUUAUGAAGAUGCCAAGUUCCGAGUGACAAAUUCCGGUGAUGUAUACAACAGGAGUUUUGGGAUGUGAUAACCAUCCUAAUUCUUUUGGCUUAAGUGCCAGCAUCUGUAGAUGGAACAGAUAAAUAUCGUGUUUCAGAGGAUAACCUAUUGCCUGGGGCCGACAUUCUUUUCUGUUGGCUUAUCUCUUUUGGCAGCUGACAGAGGAUCAAAAUAUUUUGAAGCUGGCAAUUGGGAGGGUGCUGAUGAUGAUAUGUUGUGGGGCACGCUUAAUGGAUGAUUGCAUACCGUGUCUUGAGAUUGAUUCAUGUGAUGAUAUGACAUGGAUUCCAACUGGAUGUCAGCUUUGUGUUUAAGGAUAUUUUGCUGGUAUCAUGUUUUAGAUUAGGCGGUAAACUGCACAUGUAUGUGCUUGAAGAGGAAGACAAUCCUCCUUGUUUAGUAGCAGGUUUAAGGCUGCUUCAGGGUGGACAAAAGCUAUAGAUGUUGUAUUGUCUGGUGCUGUGUAAGAUCAUCCUUUGCUGUCUGCCGCCCCCACACAGACUAAUGCUCCUAAAUUCUGUGAGUGAGAUGGAAUACAAUUUUUUUUCCCUAGGUAUUACAGUUUUUAAUAAUUAUGUUGAUGAUAUAAAAUAUACUCAAAUUAGUCUUAUACUCUUAUGUAUUGUCAGUGAGCCUUUUUUUAAAUUUCUUUUGGCAAUCUAUUGUACUGAAUUGUUGAAAGAGGAGUGCAAUUAUUAUUUGCUCAUCAAUUAUUGAUUUUAUUUUGCGGCUGUCUUUUGUUCU